AGUGCAAGCUCGCGCCGCUUAACAGCGAGGAGAGUAUCAAACAGCGUGCAGGGGGAUCCAGCCUAAUGGUUUACAUUGGGUCACAACGACCAGUCAAUGAUUUGCGGCAAGCAGGCUACGGUCCUUUUCUCGCCCGGCUUUUAUUCUGCAGAUCUUUUGUAUUUUGCACGGGGAGAAACUGACACAGCAAACUCAUCUGUAUGAUCGGGGAGCAGGAGCACACAGUAUGGUCCGGGAAACCAGACAUUUAUGGGUGGGAAAUUUACCCGAAAAUGUACGAGAGGAGAAAAUUAUUGAGCACUUCAAACGAUAUGGACGAGUGGAGAGCGUCAAGGUCCUGCCCAAGCGAGGCUCAGAGGGUGGAGUGGCAGCAUUUGUGGAUUUUGUGGACAUUAAAAGUGCUCAAAAGGCUCACAAUGCAAUCAACAAGAUGGGGGACAGAGACCUGCGCACAGAUUACAAUGAACCAGGAACAAUUCCUAGUGCAGCGAGGGGGCUGGAUGAUAGUCUGUCCUUAGGCUCACGUGGCCGGGAUGUGUCAGGGUUCACAAGGGCGACAGGGGGGGCCGUGUAUGGGCCCCCCACGUCGCUUCACAGCAGAGAUGGACGCUAUGAACGCAGACUAGACGGGACUGCGGAAGGUCGGGAACGGACAUACGAUCACACCACCUACGGACAUCAUGAGCGACCUGGUAGCAGCUUCGACCGUCAACGGCACUAUGAAACAGACUAUUACCGUGACGCAAGAGAGAGGACUCUUAGCAAUGCUGGAAGUGGGUCUGGCACCACUGGUGGAAGUAGUACAACUGUGCCGUCAGGUGUCAGUGGAACUAUAGUUGGUCCCGUUUCUGGAAACACGGGAGCCGGCGGAUCGGCUGGGGCGUCGACGGGAGGGAGCGCAGGAUCUACUUCCAGUGGGGUCGGCUUCUACCGCUCCCACAGCAGGAGUCCGUGUCGAUUUGAGGCGCCCGAGCCUCGCUACGAGUCUCGUUCCAGGGAACCGUUUACUUUGGCCAGUGUGGUUCACAGGGACCUAUACCGGGAUGACCGGGGACGGCGUGUGGAGAGGUCAUACCGCCACAGUCGCAGCCGAUCUCCACACUCGACGCAUUCGCGAAAUCCCUCGCCUCAGAGACUGGUGACUCAGACUACUCGUCCUCCACGUUCCCACAGUGGGUCAGGAUCUCGCAGCCGCUCAUCCAGCUCAGACUCAGUCAGCAGCACCAGCAGCAGUACGAGUGGCAGUGAUUCUAGCAGUAGCUCGAGUGAUGACUCUCCAGCCCGUUCAGUGCAGUCUGCUGCUGUCCCUGCACCCUCAGCUCUUCCUUUAUCCUCCCUUGACAAAGACGAACCACGUAAAAGCUUUGGCAUCAAGGUCCAAAAUCUUCCUGUACGCUCUACAGAUACAAGCCUCAAAGAUGGUUUGUUCCACGAAUUCAAAAAGCAUGGAAAGGUUACAUCGGUGCAGAUCCAUGGGGCUUCAGAGGAGCGCUAUGGACUCGUCUUUUUCCGCCAACCAGAAGAUCAAGAGAAGGCGCUUUGCGCCUCCAAGGGGAAGCUGUUUUUUGGAAUGCAAAUUGACGUCACAGCCUGGAAUGGUCCCGAGACAGAAAGCGAAAAUGAAUUUCGACCACUGGAUGAGAGGAUUGAUGAGUUUCAUCCAAAGGCCACACGGACAUUAUUUAUUGGAAACUUGGAGAAGACUACCACUUACCAUGACCUGCUAAACAUCUUCCAACGUUUUGGAGAAAUAGUGGAUAUUGACAUUAAGAAGGUGAAUGGAGCCCCACAGUAUGCCUUUCUUCAAUACUGUGACAUUGCAAGUGUUUGCAAAGCAAUGAAAAAGAUGGAUGGCGAGUAUCUUGGUAACAACAGACUAAAGCUGGGGUUUGGAAAGAGUAUGCCCACAACUUGUGUUUGGUUGGAUGGUCUGGCUUCAAAUACAACAGAACAGUUUCUCACUCGCCAUUUUUGCCGCUAUGGGCAUGUUGUCAAGGUCGUACUUGACAGAAUGAAAGGAAUGGCCCUUAUCCUGUACAACAACAUUGAAUACGCCCAAGCAGCAGUCAAAGACACAAAAGGUUGGAAGAUAGGGGGCAAUAAAAUUAAGGUGGACUUUGCAAAUCAGGAAAGUCAGAUGGCGUUUUAUCGUGCAAUGCAGGCAUCUGGGCAAGAUAUUCGUGACUUUUAUGAGUUUCUUUCUGAAAGAAGAGAUGACAGACGAAGCCAAUAUGAGUUUCAAACAGAAAGACAGUAUUACGAGAAUGUUCGAACACCUGGAACUUAUACGGAUGAUCCGCGGCGGAAAUACCCCGCCAGAAGUCGAGAGUUCUACACUGAAUGGGACCCGUAUCAAGGAGAUUACUAUGAUCCACAGUACUUUGAGGACCCAAGAGAGUAUCGGGAAUACAGAGCUGAUCCUUAUGAGCAGGACAUUCGCAAAUACAGCUACUUGCAACGAGAGCGAGAAAGAGAGAGGGAGCGAUUUGAAACGGAUCGUGGUCGUGAUCAUGGAAGAAGGACCAUUGAGCGUAGCCAAAGCCCUUCUCACAUCUCCACUCGACGUCCUGUCAGCCCCACCUCAUCGCCUUCGCUCUCUGAGAGAAUACCAAGUGACUCAGACAGGCGAAUUUGUUGUCGAUCAUCUGACAGAAGUGGCAGCUGCAGUUCGGUUUCCCCACCCAGAUUUGAAAAACUGGAAAAGGCACGCGCUGAAAGAUAUAAUAAAACUGAUAAACUGGAGAAGGAUCGUGUUUUUGAAAUUGAGAGAGUGAGUCUGGUUGAAAAGGAGAAGAGAGCGGGGCGAAAAGAGAGAGGAGACAAGGAAAAAAGCGAGAAGCAAAGGCUUAAGAAAUUUAAAGUCACAUCGCCUACAACGCUGGAUAUAGAACCAGAAAUUGAAAAAGACACUAGCCCUGAGUCUGGACUACGGAGUAAAACCAGUAAAACUUCAAAAGAAAGCUCCAGCAAAGCAAGGCUAGAUCUUCUGCCUUGUGUAGUGCAGUUAACGCGUGUCAAAGAGAAAGAAGGAAAAUUGAUUGGUCAUGCUGUCCAAGAAAAGCAAACAUUGAGGGCUGGCAGUGACAGUCCUAAAUUGGCAUCGCCUGGAGCUGACCAGAGAAGUCCUACAUUCCGCUCAGAAUCAUCCAAAGGUGACAAGCAUGGGAAAAUGCCUAGAGAAAAAAAUAUACACAGCUUAAUAGAGAUUGCUGAAAAGGAUGGUAAAAUCAAAUCCAAAAAACAUGGAAAGUCUGAGUUUGGAUUUGAUAACAGUGUUUCUCUGGAUGUUGAUCGUUUAGCUGCAAGAAAAAGGCGAUUUGAAGAAUCUGUGAGAACCGAUCGACAAAGGAGAUCUAACGAAGAAGACACUGGUAGAGCUGGACUGUACAAACUGUGGAACAACACAAAGGAGAUGGGAUUGGAGAAAGUUCUUUUGAUAAGAGGGGUGCAUAAAAAAGAACACAAGGAUAGAGCUGUCUGUGUAGUUUCAGUAAGCAGUCCUAAAGAUGGACGGGACUGCGAAGGCAAAUCUCUAGGUCUGCCUCUGGAGGGGCAGUCGCAUUUUGGGGAGCUGCUUGAAGAUUCUGCAUCACAACAGAACUCUCCCUUCCUUAGAAUGGAUUUGGAGACUUUAAAAAGGGAGAACGGCUCCAGUCUCACAAAGAUAUCAGAUGACAGCAGCUUUGACAUGGAUGAAUUAAAAGAACAGAAGCAGGUUUUGUCUGAAAAUGAGGAGGGAAGUGCAAAGUGCAGAGACUAUGAUGGGGAUGAACAUUGUGUGAACAUUAACCAGUCUGUUUGUGUAAAACAAAUUGAGCAAGAUCGAUGGCUUCAAUCCAAGCUUAGGGAUCCUGAUAAAAUGGCCAAGUUUGGAAAGUCGCCAAACAAUGAGGCUUGUGAUUCGGAAAAAGAGUAUAUCCUGCAUGAUGUUGGGAAAACAAAUCUGGACAUUGCCCAUGAUGACUUCUCUUCUAGUAAACGAAAGAAAUUGGAGAAUUUUGAACAUGAGGUUCUGAAAGUAAAACGAGAGCAUGACUUUCCAAAUUCCCAGGAAUUCAAUAAAGACAUCUACAGCAUGUCAUCUUCUAUAGGAGCCGGUCCGUCUUCAGAAAACGAAGACGAUGAGACUUCCCGCAUUUGUCUGUUAAUUACAAAAAAGGAACAAAAAUCGUCUCCAACUGAUGAAAGCUAUUCACGCACAGAAUCCUUAAAAAAUCAUUUCAGCUUGACAGCCAGAAAUUUCCAGUCUUCUAACAGUGCACACCCGAAGCUGAAAACAUCCUUACUUGGAUUUGAUGAUGACGUAAUGCAACACUGGGAGAGGAGAAUAAAGUCAGAUUCUCUCAGAAUGGAAAUGACAUUCCCAAAUGAUACUCUAAAACGGGAAAAUAUUUGCAAACGCCUCAGUCAGGACUUGGAACCAGGAGAGUUGCAGUCUGAUUCAGAUGAUGAUGGAGACAACAAACACAUUUCUCACAAACCAAGCAGUUCUUUGUCUUAUAUCCUCAGGGAUCGUGAUGAGAGAAUGACUGACCUCAAGCUUUCAGGCUCCUUGGAGAAAAAUAAGUUUUACUCAUUUGCAUUAGACAAAACAAUAACUCCUGACACAAAAGCACUCCUUGAAAGAGCCAAGACUUUGUAUUCCUCAAGGGAAGAUAAUUGGUCUUUUCUUCCCUCACGCUUUCCAGUGUCUCAUAGUUGUUCUGAAAAAGACAAGGCAGUGUUAGCGCCACGCCCUAUUCCUUCUUGGUACAUGAAAAAAAAGAAGAUCCGUACUGAUUCUGUGGAAAAGUUGCAUGAUAAGAAGGAAGAACUCAAGCCACAGGACCAAGAGCGUCAGGAAUUAUUUGCCUCUCGUUUCUUGCACAGCUCCAUCUUUGAACAGGACUCACGUCGACUGCAACGUCUUGAACGCAAAGACCAAGACUUAGAAACUGGAAGUGGUAGGCCUUUUAUCAAGGCUGGUGCUAUAGAGACACAUUCAGAAUCUGGAGGAGCUGAUGUUCCAACAGAGCCUAUAGUGCUUUUCCAUAGUCGAUUUUUGGAGCUUCAGCAACAAAAAGACAAGGACCACAAUCUACCUGACUCUGAAAGUGACCCAGUAUUGUUGGAGAUGAAAAAAGAUGAAACUCUGAGCUGUGAUAAUGUGAUAUCUGACAAGGAACCAGAAGCUCCCCUAAAGGCUCGUGACAAAUCACCCAGCCCCCCAAUAACUAUAAAAAUGUCAGCAUUCCUCCCUUCCCCCAAGGAAACAUGCCUAGCAGAGAAGGAAGCUUCAGAUCCAUCCACAGAUCAAUCAGUGCCAGUUGUCAAAGAAGAAACGGUUGAGCCAUCUCUUGAGAUAUGCCCAUCUCAUUCUCCUCCUGUGAAUAUGAUCAGAUUAGCUGCUCCUGAGGUACCCAUGAACCCCGUACUUUCAGUUUCCGAACCAGAACCUGAAACAGAGUUAAUUGAACCCAAAACAGAUGGGGAUAAUAGUUUGGUGGUUGAACAUGUUGUAGAAGAUAAGCAUCACACACCUGUUGUUUCCCCAAGUGCCUGUGAAAAAGAAACAGUGGAAUUUGCUUAUUCUGAUUGUUCAAAGAUAGAAAAAACCUCAGAAGUGAGUAAGACAGAGCCUGAAAUUGAAAGCCAGGCAAUGGAAAGCUUUGAGGACUCUCAAAAAAUUGAGACAGAUAGUGAGCCGUGUAUGCCAGAGCUAGAGGCUGAAGUGAAACCACUACCAGCUCGCAGACAAACCAAGGGUAAAAGGGCCAAAACCCUUUCUGUAUUACGUGCGACACAACCGACCAACAUUAUCAGCAAGGAAAAACCUGCAACGCGGAAAAGUGAACGGAUUGACCGAGAGAAACUCAAAAGGGCAUCGUCUCCUAGAGCAGAAGCACCUAAAUUAUCAUAUGAAUCUAAAACUACAUCCAAGUCUCCAAUACAUGCAUCUGAUUCAGAACAAAACCUUGAGUCGAGUUUAAUUGUUGGGAGAACACGACGGAGGAACGUGAGGUCAGUCUAUGCCACUCUACAUGACGAUGAACAAGCUGGGAAGGAAGUAACAGAGUCCCCCCGCUGCAUGCGCAAACGAGGAGCCGACAAAGACCAGAUACAACAAGAGGUUCAAAUUUCUACCAACACUAGGCGGGGACGCCCUCCUAAAAGAGGUGUCAAACGAGUUGCAGAUAUAUCACCAGUAAAAGGGGAUCAGAAGAAAACAGUGGAAGCAGACACAGAGGCCAGAGAGACAUCAAAUACUGCAGAAGUUGUGAAAGCCUCUGAGGGAUGGCGUUCACCUCGUACACAAAAAGUCCAACAAACUUCACUGACUUCCUCUACUCCAAACAAAAAGGGAAGUAGAAUAGACAAAUCAUCUGGGAACAAAUUUGUGUCAGCAGAACAAGCUGAUCCAUCGAGCAAUGAUGAAUUAGAACUUAAGCCCAAAGCUAGCUCAGAACCCACUGGCAAGCCAUUAGACAGGGCAGAAAGUGAAAGCUCACCUGUGCUCAGAAAAGAAAAAGAUACAAAAGAUUUUGUCGAAAAAAUAUCCGUUGAUCCAGAAUUUGACAUUAGCGCCUCUGAGAGGGGCAAACAGCCUGAAAAAAUUUUAAAAGUUAAAACACCAAGGUUAAAACGAAAUACUAAACAGAUAACUGAAGACAAAUCACACACUCUGAAAAAUCUCGAAAUCCGCGUAAGCGUUGAUGACGUAAAAAGCCUACUUCGCUCUGAAGAUCUUGAGUCAGAUACGUUUGCGGCUAAUAUUACAAAAGGCAAGAUUAUAGUAAAAGAGAAUGAAGAAACAAGGAUGGCAGACUUUGCAAAAGAUACCAAAGAAAUGACUACACAAGAUGAUGAAGACACGCUAUCAGAAUCUGAAGCUCCUGCUGAUCCAGCUGCUGUUCUUUUAGCACGACAGAUGGAACUGGAGCAGGCAGUCGAAAAUAUUGCCAAACUUACAGCUGACCAGCCUCCAAGACCUGAUAAAGAACCACCCCCUGGUCCACCUACUGCAUUGCCCCCUGUCAUAGCGGAACCAGAAGUUGAAGUUGAAGAGGAGAAGAGAGAAAAUCCUGCAAGUGAAACAGAACUAGCUGCUGCUAUUGACUCCAUCACAGCUGAAGAAACCUGUGGGGAUGCAGAUGGCUUCACGGCUGCUCCUACUUACUCUGCUCUUAUUCCUACACCUGAAUCUGUAAUUUCUUCCUCAUCCUCCUCCAAUGACAUCAUGGAACCGGAAACACAUAUGGCAAUCAAUAAUAUCCUUGCUGGAGAUUUGGAUGAUGACUCUCGAACCUCAAGUCCCAAAGCAUCGAUGACAGAAUUGAAGACAGCUGAUGAACCCAUUCUUCUUGGUACACCCAAGAAGACAAUUAAAUCUAGAGCCAGAACCCCAAAGAAGUCAAGAAAUCGUAAAGGUCCAGCUAGCAGAAAGGGGGACACUGCUGAUGAAGUCUCUCAGUCAGAGCCCUCACCCGUAAAGUUACCCGAGUCAAUUCCAGAAGAUCCAGAAACGGACUCAAAAGCAGUGACUGUUACAGCUGCAGUUUCUGCAGUGACUUCUGUGGUCACUGCCGUUGCAACUUGUAGACGUGACGUUACAAGUGCUAUAACUGUAGACAACCCUAAAGAGGCAGAACAGCCUGAAGUGGAACAGCCUGUUCCCAAAGAAUCUGCCUUUCAUUUAGGCACAAGCAGCAGUUCUGCGACUAAAAAGCCUCUCCAAACAGCAGAACCAAGUACUCCUACCUUCAGCCCUGCUAAUUCAUCACCAGUUUCUCAGCUUAGUGUACCCCUGUUGCGACCUGCCAAAAUGCCCCUUUCUCCUGACUGGCCUCAGCGAUCUGAAGAAAGCAGAAUCUAUGUUAAUCCUUCCUGUCAUGUCACAGUAGUAACUCCCACGAUACCUCCAUCAACUGCACUCGGAACGCCUACAGCAAAUCCCCCAAUGCCCCCUGACACCAAGGCUUCUGACAUUGAUCCAAGUUCCAGUACCCUGAGAAAAAUAUUAAUGGAACCUAAAUAUGUGUCUGCGUCAAACAGCAAUUCUAUAUCUACCACUAUGGUGUCAUCGGCACUGUCGGAUCAUUCAAGGAUGUCAGAGAAUGAAAAUCCCACAGAUACACUUGUUUCAAGGCAUUUAAAUUCUGAACAAAGACCACCUCUACCUCCCAAGUCACUGCACCAUAAGCCAGCCCCCCUCACAGAAUCCCAACAGAACUGUGGGGAAAAGAAGCCGCAUACAAUUAUGUCUCCUACUACCUCAGUCAUAAGUAGAAUUCCAAUGCCUUAUGAUACAGAAGAAACCCCACGAAUUUUCCUAAGCAAUCGAAGCAUUGGCCUGACCAUUCCAAAACAGAAAUUUAGAUCAAACUCCAAUGAGAAUAACCGCUGUCAUAAUGUGGAGAUAGCAGAAGAUGUUUCUAGAGGGCGGUCUGUUGUUGAGCCGACUCCUUACCAUACGGGUUCUAGCCCUGGCUUGAGGGUAAAUACAUCAGAGGGUGUUGUUGUUUUAAGUUAUUCUGGUCAAAAGACAGAGGGACCACAUAGGAUGAGAGCCAAAAUUAGUCAAAUUCCUGAAGCCAGUGCUGGUGAUAUAGAGUUUCAACAAUCUGUGUCCAAAUCCCAGAUAAAGCAAGACCCUAUCAUCACAUCUUCUCAGUCACCUAACCCCAAAGUAUCUUCAGCUCCUACUGGUUAUGGGCAUCCUGGGGUCCUUUUAACCAAUCAGUCUUAUAAUUCUCAACCGAUCAUUUCCAGUAUCAAGCAAGAUGUUCAUGGAUGCGACAAGUCUGAAGCUCCCUACCAUACAACAUCACCAGGUGUGGUGAAGAUGUUCCAGUCGCCUGUUAGUUCCUCUCAAGUUUUGAUGUACAAUCAAGCUGUAAUCCAGCAGCAGCAUGGCAAAAGAGGGCUAGUGACGGAUACAUUAACAAAAAAAAUGGACAUUAGCAAAGCUGUUCAGCAAUCUAACUUGAGCCCAGUCAUGAGUCCACACCACCCAUCUAUUCCUGGAACACGAAUGAGUCCUAGUCCCGGCAACACAAAUGAUAGGUCUGCUUUACAUCUCAAGCAAGAACCUCAGUCUCCACGAACAGCUGGUCAUUCCCCUUCACCCUUUGUCAAAAGCUGUCCACUAAGCAGCUCUCCCAUUGGAACUUCUGUGGUUUUAAGUCAUGGCAUGCCAACGCUGUCUACAUACCCUUCUAGCAUGCAUCACUCCCACCCAGAACAGUCCUCUGUCAUAAUGCAAUCUCACAGUGUCACUCAGUCGUUAGCUCAUGAAUCCAGAAUGAAUAACCCAACAAUGCCAGGGAUAAACUAUGGAAGGCGAGGAGGCUGCCUACCUUCUCAGCACCCAGGAUCUACAAAGAGCUCAAAUACACCACAGCCUGUUAUUCGAGAUAUGGUUUUGCAGUCUCAUUCAAGUCCCCAAAGGUCAAUGUCAGGGAGUGGUGGCAGCAGUGUAAGUGAAGAAGAGCCAAGACACUUUAACCAAGCUCUUAGUCGACCUUCAGUUCCCCAUUUACAGUCAGAUGUUAUGGUGGUUCACAGUGACCACAGAGGGCUCCACCCAGGCAUCCGCAUGGAUCAGUACAGAGAAAUUCACCAGCGCCUACUCCUGCACCAGCAACUAGGAGAACAGACAUCUGUAGAAGCAAGGCAGUCUCGCAACUCAGAGACCGCAAUAACAUCUCCAAGCAACAUCUCUGGGCCAUCAAGAAGUCCAAUACUGGUAAAGAGCAUUGAAUUCUCACCAAAAGAGCCUCUCAAAUCACCAGAAGGAAAGCUAAUGCAUUUGAGCCCUAAUGAAAGUAGAAUUAGAGGAGUCCAUGCAUCCAGCCCUGUUUUAAUGUCUUCUCACCCCCAUGGAGUUCAACUAAUGCAUCCAGGAGGUGCAGGCUCCUUUCCAGUAUAUCGAGACAUGCGGGGCUUCCCUUCCCAGUUCCCAGGACACAAUCUGGCCAACCAGGGCAUUUCAUCUACACAGAUCCCGGCGGAGCACGAGUUGGGAAACCGAAGCAAAAUAUCUCAGUCCCAUGGAGGAGGAAAUGAUUCCACACCUGAAAGCCCACAUCUCCGUCACACUACCUCUUCUGAAUCUUCACACAUUUCUCGAAUAUCAGGAGAAACAAUCUCUCCAUCGUACCAGUCCCCCUUGAUGUCGCCCAUGGGUCUCACUCAUAAGCCAGAUCUGUCUCUACAGAAAGGCCCUCGCACCUUCCUCCUUACUCCUCCGCCGACAGUAACCCCAUCAAGUUCACAACAGCCACGACAUGAUGCCAAGCUGGAACAUUCCGGACAUAGGUCAAUUGACAUGGUGCAGCUUUUGAAAAAGUAUCCUAUAGUUUGGCAAGGACUCUUGGCGCUGAAGAACGACCAGGCUGCCGUCCAGUUACACUUUGUGUCUGGAAACACCAUCCUGGCUCAGCGCUCCCUCCCGCCCCCAGAAGGAGGAUCUCUUCUCCGUAUUGUCCAGAGGAUGAGGCUUGAGGCUUCCCAGUUGGAUAGUGUGGCACGCAGAAUGACUAUGGAAAAUGACUACUGUUUGCUCCUGGCUCUACCCUGUGGUCGAGACCAAGAAGACGUCCUUGGUCAAACCCAAGCUUUGAAAAGUGGCUUCAUCACUUACCUGCAAGCCAAACAGGCAGCUGGCAUCAUUAACGUGCCCAACCCCGGCUCCAAUCAGGCAGCUUACGUGGUGCAAAUAUUCCCGCCGUGUGAAUUCUCGGAGAGCCAUCUUUCUCGCCUGGCUCCCGACCUUCUCAACAGCAUCUCCAGCAUUUCCCCUCACCUCAUGAUUGUUAUAGCUUCUGUUUAAUUACCUCCAUUGUUUUUUGUUUGUUUGUUUGUUUGUUUUUCCUGAACAAUGCCAACACCAGCCCUUUUGGAUUGAACCAGUUUGGAACCUGGAAAUGCCUCAUCUUUAUGAGUUUGACUUCAAAACGACAACAACAAAACAUAUCUUUCAUUUUUUUAGACUCAAGUUUUCUCCUUCACUUCACCAAGUCCUUAAAUCACCCUGUGAUGAUGAAUUACAAAAGCUAGACCUUUUUUUAAAUAGGACGCAAAGGGUCGAACGGGGAUUUUUGAUGAUCAUUUUUGGAUUACUGUUUUUUUUUUUCUUUCUGCCAUUUUUGGAGGUGUUCUGCAUUGCCUUUUUGUAUUUCAUAACAUUCAUAAAGCUGUGGAUGGAGACCUACAAGUAGGAUGUUUUUUACCUUCAUAAAAAAGUGAUUGUGAUUGUUUCCUUUUUUUUUAAAAAAACUUGAGAAUUCAUUGCACUAUGUUGACAAAACUUUAUGAACUUUGUACAUAAUUGUUCAUAAAUUGAUACAUGUUAUGAAUUUAUUCUAGUGAUCAGUCAUGCUUGCCUACGGAAUGAUGGAGAGUCUUCUCAGCUCCAUCAAUCACAAAGCUUUUCCUCCGACACCAUCUGCAAGUUUCUGCGACAUUUCCGAUCUCAUAUUUCCAUCGCGACGUGUUCCCUGCCCCAAGGAACUCAUGAUGGGAUCCGUAGAGUUGUAUAUUUUACACGCAAUGCCUCAAUAGGGGACAGUAAAAAAAAAA